AUGGGCGAUUUAAAUUAUAAGCAUAUUUUAGUUAUACUGGUCAUAUUGAAAAUUUCAAUUUUAAGUGCUCAUAGUGUUAGCAAUAGUGAUAAUGAGACACAAAUCAAAAAUCAUUAUCGUCAUAAGACUGAAAAUCAUCAUUUGAAAUUAAUUAAAGAGAAUACUGGAGAAACGGAUGUAUUAGUAAAUUCUGCACGACAUUUAGACCAAGAUGUUGAUGAAUUUGACAAUGAUAGUUCUGAAACAGAAAAUACCUCAACUCACGAUGCAUGGGAACGUAAAAGUAAACCAUUAAGAAAUAUAUUUAUGGGUAUUUAUAAAAAUUAUAAGAGUACAUAUUUGGGUAAUAGAACUUCAUCAGAAUAUCGAAAAUCAAUGCAUGAUGGAUGGGCAUCAGAAACAUCUGGCUCAUCAAAAUUAUCAACUUCAAAUCAAUCCAAUGAUAAUGAUAUGACUACCACGAUACAAAAUAACGUUGAAAAUAAUAGUGAUACGGAACAAAAGCAAUCAACUUCAAUAAAUAGCGAUGGUAAAGAUGAACAAUAUCAAUCGAAAAGAACAAAACUUAAACGUAAGAAAAAGAAGAAGAAGAAGAAUAAGGGUUCGGUUGUAAAAAAGGAUGAACCAUUAUUAUAUAAUUAUGAUGGUGAAUAUCGUUAUAAUAUUGGUCCCGGAGUUAAUAUAUCACUCGAUAUGAAUACAGAUAUUGUAAGUGUUAAUUUAGAUGAAGAUUGUCUUAAAGAAAUUCUACUUGGCAGAUGGGAUGAUGAAAAUGAAGGUCGUGGUAAAAAAUAUGAAAUGAUCUCGAAAAUUUUACCAUUAUUCAUUUUACCAUUCUUAAUUCAAUCUGCAAUAAUACCAUUUUUGGUAACAAAAUUGAAAUUACUUUUGAUAAAAUCAAUUUUAGUUGGAAAAUUGGCAAUAUUUUUAUUAGUAAUAUCAGCAAUUAAAAAUAAUCAAAAAGUAGCUACAUAUGAGCCAGCACCAGCAUAUUGGGCAGCCGAACCAAGUAGAAGAUCAGAAAUUUAUAAUGGAUAUAGAGUUGAAGGUCGUCCAACAACAUGGGUACAAUAA